UCCCAGAAUGGGUAAGAAGAUAAAGAAGGAAGUAGAACCCCCUCCUAAGGAUGUGUUUGAUCCAUUAACAAUUGAAAGCAAAAAGGUAGCAACUGUGGUGCUAAUGCUUAAUUCUCCUGAAGAAGAAAUUUUGGCCAAAGCAUGUGAAGCCAUUUAUAAGUUUGCUUUAAAAGGUGAGGAAAAUAAAGCAACCCUCCUUGAACUUGGAGUAGUGGAACCUUUAACUAAACUGCUCACCCAUGAAGACAAAAUUGUAAGAAGAAAUGCCACUAUGAUAUUUGGAAUCAUGGCUUCUAAUAAUGAUGUUAAAAAACUGUUGAGAGAGUUAGAUGUCAUGAACUCUGUUAUUGCUCAGCUUGCACCAGAAGAAGAGGUAGUUAUCCACGAGUUUGCUAGUCUUUGCCUAGCAAACAUGUCUGCGGAGUACACCAGCAAAGUGCAGAUAUUCGAACACGGUGGCUUAGAGCCCCUCAUCAGACUGCUGAGCAGCCCCGACCCCGAUGUGAAGAAGAACUCCAUUGAGUGCAUUUACAACCUGGUCCAGGAAUUUAAAUGUCGAACUACACUUCCAGAACUAAAUGCCAUCCCUCCUAUAUUAGAGCUUUUUAAGUCAGAAUAUCCAAUUAUUCAGUUGUUGGCUCUCAAAACCUUAGGUGUUAUUACAAAUGAUAAGCUGUCGCGAGCAAUGUUAAGAGACAAUCAAGGGAUGGAUCACCUUAUUAAGAUUCUGGAAACUAAGGAAUUGAAUGACCUUCAUAUAGAAGCGCUUUCAGUGAUAGCCAAUUGCCUUGAAGAUAAGGAUACCAUGGUGCAGAUUCAACAGUCAGGGGGUCUUAAGAAGCUCUUAACAUUUGCAGAAAACUCUACAAUUCCUGAUAUUCAGAAGAAUGCAGCAAAAGCAAUUACAAAAGCAGCUUAUGACCCUGAAAACAGAAAAUUUUUUCAUGAACAAGAGGUUGAAAAAUGCCUUGUAACCCUUUUGGGCUCUGAAAGUGAUGGAACUAAAAUUGCUGCUUCCCAAGCGAUUUCAGUAAUGUGUGAGAAUUUAAGCAGCAAAGGAUUUUUCAACCAUCAGGGGAUCCCACAGCUAGUUCAGCUGCUGAAAAGUGACAAUGAAGAGGUAAGGGAGGCCGCAGCCCUGGCCCUGGCUAACCUGACCACUUGCAAUCCCACAAAUGCUAAUGCUGCUGCUGCAGCUGAUGGUAUUGAUCCAUUAGUAAACACCCUGUCCAGUAAACGAGAUGGAGCCGUGGCCAACGCCGCCACUGUGCUGACCAACAUGGCAACGCAGGAGGCUCUGCGCACGAACAUCCAGAGCCGCGACAUCAUGCACGCCCUCAUCGGCCCGCUGCAUUCCUCGAACAUCGUCGUGCAGAGCAAAGCCGCUCUCACCAUCGCUGCGACUGCGUGUGAUGUUGAGGCCCGGGCAGAGCUAAGAAAUUCGGGUGGGUUGGAGCCCCUCAUAGAGCUCCUGCGCUCCAAGAACGAUGAGGUCAGAAGGAAUGCCAGCUGGGCCGUGAUGGUCUGUGCCAGCGAUGAGCUGAUGGCCGGGGAAUUAUGCAAGCUCGGGGCUUUAAAUAUCCUUGAAGAAAUUAAUCUAUCAGUAAGUCGAAAAAAUAAAUUCAGUGAGGUAGCUUAUAACAAAUUGCUCAACAACCACCUGUCUCUGAAAUACAGCCAGACUGGCUAUUUGUCAUCAACUAACAUCAUUAGUGAUGGCUUCUAUGAUUAUGGCCGGAUAAAUCCUGGCACCAAAUUUUGGCCUUUGAAGGAUCUCUGCUUACAAGAACCAAAUGACCUACGUACUGUACUCUUGGUUAACAAUAAAUCUGAUGUUUCACCUCCAUCUACGGAAGAUAAAUCCUCAGAAGUUGGUUAUGGGCGAAGUAUUUCUUCUUCCUCUUCUUUAAGAAGACCUAGUAGAGAAAAGGCCAGUGCUGGAUUUGGAUCUCCCAUAGAAGAUAAAUCAGAACCUGCUUCUGGACGAAAUACUGCUGCUAGCAAAAGUGCCACUAAAGAAAAAGCAUCAAGGAAAAGUAAAGGUAAAAAAGAGGAGGAAAAACAAAAGGAGGAGGAAGAGGCUACAGUGGUACUAAGAUGGGCUGGAGAAGGAAACACAGAUAAAGAAUGGUCCCCUCCUGCUGAUCCUGAUUUCUGUGUUUAUGUGUAUGAAGUGACCAAAUCAAUUCUUCCCAUAACCAAUACAAGGGAACAGAUUGAGACUCUUGCAAAGUACGUGGCAGAAAAAAUGGGCGGUAAAAUUCCAAAAGAUAAACUACAGGAUUUCAGCUGGGAACUUCAUAUAAGUGAACUAAAAUUUCAACUUAAAUCCAAUGUUGUUCCAAUUGGACAGAUCAAAAAAGGAAUCUUCUGCCAUCGAGCUUUGCUUUUCAAGGCUCUGGCUGAUAAAAUUGGCCUAGGCUGCUCUCUGGUUCGAGGGGAGUACGGCAGAGCUUGGAAUGAAGUGAAGCUGAUGAAUGAAUCUCAAAAGGGAGUGAUUGGAGGUCUCCCUCCUCCUGAAGUAUACAUCGUUGACCUCAUAUUCCAUCCAGGAGCACUGAUGAAGCUGAAAAGUAAAGAAGCAGAUCGUUACAGAUUUCUAUAAAGUAACAAAUAAACACAAAAGUGGCUCAAACAAGACAUUAAUCCUAUACACUUUCUAUGAAAUUCCCUCAUUAAUUUUAUUUCUUUAAAUAAAAGCAUUAGAAAGGUUCUCUCUGAGUCAGAAUGAGGGUACUUGCAUUGACAUGGUUGUGCUUCUGACUUCAGGAUUCUGGCAAAGUGUAGUCUGAUUAGAUCACCUUAUGCUUUGUGAAAAGUCUCUUGUGAAAAGCUUAUUAUUGUCAAAAUUAAUCCAGCCCACUGUUUCCCAAGGAGUAUCCCUGUCCAUUGGGAUUCUUGUGUAAAACACUCAGCUGCUGCUCGCAGGCAAUUCUGUGGCCUCAUCACUGUCGUUCUUCGUGCCCAGAAGGCCUCAGGAACACUUGGUUAAGCAAAUUGGAUGUUGUUUUUGUUUUUUGUUUGUUUAUUUUUUAAUGUCUUCCUUCGGUCUCCUUGCUCACUUGCUUAAAGUAAGAUUAUUUAGAGUUUGACUACUUAUAGAUCUAUUCUAGUAUUACAAAUUACUUUCUAAAAUGACUUUGUUCACAUUUUUUAAAACUUAUUAAGUUUAAUAUACUUCACUGAAAUAUAAAUAUUUCUAAAAACUAUUUCCAUAAAUUGUAUUUGUCCUAUCUAUGUUGUCUUGGAAAUAUACCUUCAGUUAAAAAAAACAACAACAUUCUGUUUUGCUUUUAUACAUUUUAA